AUGGGCGUAACGCGCUUCCUGCACCCGUACUUUCUCGUCAACACGGCCUUGAUCGGCAGCUACUUUGGCGCGCGCUACGCGGGCUACGAAAGCGACAGCGUUGUCGACGUCGAGGACUACCUCGGCAUGACGCGGGAGCAGCAAAUGUUUGUCUUCCUCAUUGGCUUCACCAUCAUCAACUACCCGAACAAGUCGACGAUCGAUGCGAUCAUCUCGAUGGCCUUUCUGUACGGCAAGGGCGGCGUCGCCUGCCUCUUCUACAUGCUCGACACGACGCUCUUUGUCUACUACCUCGUCGCGUGGCUCGGUACGCCCUUUGGCCUUUGUGCUGUUGCCGUACCCAAGUACCAAGGUCCAGAUGAGAUUGUCGACUUGAGCGCCGACUCGUUCGAGCGCCGCCUCCGCGCCGACAAGAAGACCAAGUGGAUCGUGUACUUUUACGCCGAUUGGUGCGAAGACUGCUUGCACCAAGACGCCAUGUUCGCGCAGCUCUCGCUCACGCACGCGAGCGACGAGCUCAAGUUUGGCCGCGUCGACGUCGACAAGCACCCGAGCCUCGCCAGAGAGUUUUCGAUCGACACGAACGCGACAACGACGAUCCAGCUCCCGACCAUGAUCCUCUUUGAGCACGGCAAGGAAGCGAAGCGUCUGCCCAAGCUCGACGAAAACAAGAAGCCGACCAAGACGCUCCUCAACACGUAUGGCGUCGAGCUGUACUUUGACCUGCUCGCGCCCAAGAACCUGUAG